CUCCAUAAUUUUUUUCGGAUGUCGUGCUCAAAAGAAAAUAUAUUUUGUUUCUUCAAUAAAAAAAAAACAAAUCAUACUUUUUUGUGUGUUUCCCAUUGCAAUUGGAAAACCGAAACUUGUCAAACGACUACGUCACUCGCUGUCAUUUUGAAAUUACGAACAAAAUAAUCGAUUCUAAUCAACGAUUUUAAAUCAAGUUGCUAUACCAAAAUUUUUACUAUCAAAAUUCUGUGUAGAACAUGGACUCAGAAGAUAAUAUCGGCUAUCAGUUGGCGGAAAAUUUCAUAUUCUUUCAAGAUAUCGUAAAGAAGCCCGAAGAAGUGUUCGACUGCCGCUCGCAAGAAUACAAAUUAGCAAACGCUUGGCUAAACAAAUUGUCUAUGUUUGGCUUUGAGACGAUCGAAGACAUGCGACUGCGCAACGUAUAUAUGAGUCAUCUAGUCGCAUGUCUGAAUUAUGGUAAACUUACUGGACCCUUCACUUCAAUGCCCAGUCCGGACGGCGUGCUCGACAAAAGCGACUUUCAAACGCAGGAUAAGCCACGCCAAGCAGUCUGUCCACGACCAAAACCCGGCAUGUCGGCCUCACAAAAAGCUUGCCUCAACCCAAAAGGAGGCGGCGGUCGGCCGUGUGAAUGUGAUUACGUGUGUUGUGACCAAAACGAGCAGAAGAAAGAUUGUAGCAACAUGGGCGCAGCUUCGACGUUCGAUCACAUAUGCGGCUAUAUGAUGCAGUAUGUGAAUGUGCCCACUUGCUUGGACAGCCAGCUGCGCGCAACAGUCGAACACAAUCAAUACCAUGCACUCGAUGUGUUCCCGAACUGUGCGGAUGCUGCUGCCGCAACAACAUCGGCGGCUUUUUAUGGCCACAAAGCUGAUGAGAAAUGUGUUGGUGGCGCUUUUGUUGCUGCUGCGAGUAACUGUACAACUUGCGGUGAGAACAUGGAAUUCGAUCAUCAAUUUGUGCGCAGCCAAAUAACGUCGUUACUGGACGCCAUCGCGUCCGAAUUGCGUGGCGAGCAGUCGCCGGGCACGAAUGAUUAUCUGGAGUAUGAGUUGGCGCGCUAUAAGAACUUCAAGCUGCAAUUUCCCCAGGUGGCCGAAAAGAUAGCCAAGCUGAAGGCAGAACAGUCGCUACGGUCGUAUUUCUUGCUGAAUUUACAAAAUGAUCUCGUGAAGUUGCUGAACGACUGCUGCCUGCAGCCCGAAGUAAAUAUGAGGCCGACAUACAAUAUGCAUUAGUGGCGGGGUUUUGAAGCAUUUUUUUCAUAUUUAUUUUGCUAAUUGUUGGCGCGGUUCUUUGAGCGCCUGGUCCAUGCUUCGUGCUAACUAUAUUUUUUACUUGCGUUAUAUUCUUCCGAUCUGUACGACACAGUUUGAUUUUGUGAAUAAACAAAUAAAAUGUGCGUCUAAUUAACAUGAGAUUUUAAUAGUUUUUAUUUCGAUGGAACUAGAUCUUUAUACCCAUAAAGUAGAGCGCAGACUGUUCUAUGACUUCGAGUAGGUGGAAGGUCUGAAGGAUGAGUGCAGAGUUCUCAUAAUUACAGUGAGUUCAGACUCGAUUGUCCCAAUAAUCUGGUUAAGAAGGGGUUUGUGUGUGUCAUUGCUGCGGAAUGAUUGGAUAUCCGAUGAUGAUGUGGAGAGAGAGGGAUAUCUAGGGAGCAGGAAGCUUCUAGAUGAUAGGGUCAGAUGUAGGGCUGGGAUAAUAGUCCCAAUGGCCAAGCGACUGACGAAUGUAUCCGGGACGUUAGGUUAGUCGAGGCUUGGGUGCAUGUAAUUGUUAAAUGCUGGAUGAAUGGUCAAACCCCUGGUCACCAGACCAGAGCAGUAUGGAAGCUCAAGUGCUGGUAGUUUCUGCUCCGAGGUCCGACCGGAGACCUAAUUCUGGUACCACGGGGAGCCUUUAGAGUGCGCUCCAACCUGCUCAUGCGUACUGGUACUUAGUACUGAAAAUGCAUGGCCCGGCGUAACUCCUGGCAUUCUAUAGAAAUCGACUUAAAAUAUAACAGAACUAACAGCACAGCGCGGAGAUCAAUCAUAUCCAUAUUUUAAUGAAUGGAAAUAUCAAUAAAACUCUAUAAUCUCACUAAACGACCCACUGUUA